AUGGGGAGAGUUUGGAUCACUAUUCUUGUUUCGAUGCUGCUAAUGUCUCUGCCGAAGAAAUGCAUUAGCAUACCCACAAGUAACUUCACUGAUCAAUCUGCUCUUCUUGCCUUCAAGGAUCACAUUACUUUUGAUCCUCAAAACAUGCUAACUCACAGCUGGUCCUCCAAAACCUCCUUCUGUAACUGGAUGGGAGUCUCUUGCAGUCUUCGCAGGCAAAGAGUCACAGCGCUGGAUCUCUCUAGCAUGGGCCUCCUAGGGACCAUUCCUCCACAACUUGGAAACCUGUCCUUUCUUCAAUAUCUGAUUCUUUACAACAAUAGUUUCCAUGGAGAUCUACCCAGCGAGAUAGGUAAUUUACGCCGAUUGCAAGUAAUGGAUAUAGGUUCCAAUAAGUUAUCAUUAGUGAUAGUACCCGAAAGUUUUGGGAAUUUGCACAGACUUGAAGAAUUAAGAUUCGAUGGAAAUAAUCUCACAGGUACAAUCCCAUCCACAAUCUUCAACAUCUCUUCCUUGAAAGUCCUUGAUCUCAUGUUUAACGGCCUAUUUGGAAGUCUUCCGAAGAACAUGUGCGACCAUCUUCCUAGACUAGAAAUGCUUUUGCUUUCCUCUAAUCAACUCAGUGGCCAAAUCCCAUCUGAUUUAUUCAAAUGUAGAGAGCUACAAUUAUUAUGGUUGCCUUAUAAUAACUUCACUGGAGUUAUUCCAGAAGAACUUGGAUUCCUCCCUAUGCUUGAGGUUCUAAAUCUUGGUGUCAAUAUGUUGUCAGGUUUGCAGUCUCUCGUUCCUAUAUGUGCACAGAGACACAUACUGUGA